AGAGAAUCAAAGGGGCGUGCUCUUUACCUGAUCACGUGCAACAUCCUCGGAUUAAUAGAAAUUUCCUGAUUUAUUCUCAUAACUGCCUACUUUCGCUCUCACGGUAACUCGAAAUUCCCACCAAAGUAAAUCCACAAUGUUUUGUAUUUUUUUUUAAUGAUUACAUUUAACGCUACGUAACAUUAUCGAGAAGAUAACGGGUUGAUUCACUUAGAAACGAAAGUUUACUCGCGACAGCCAGCUGUCACUGUUGUUGACAGUGUGGAUUAUUUUGUUCGACGAGAACUGCAGACAUGAUGGCGUCUAGCUACAACGCUAAGGAAGAGGACAGACACCAGCCUGGUGCUACGGGCCAUGUAGGCGAAGGAACUAUGACAAAUAAAAUGCCUGACAACACUGCGUUCAAACAGCAAAGACUGCCCGCUUGGCAACCUAUUUUGACAGCCGGCACUGUUCUUCCUGCUUUCUUUGUAAUUGGUCUCAUCUUCAUCCCCAUCGGCGUUGGGCUUUUCGUGACCUCAAACAACAUCAAAGAGUUCGAGAUUGAUUACACUGGUGUUGACAUGUCAAGUCCGUGCUACAACUGUUCUCAAAGCUACAGCUGGAACAACACAAAGUCAUGCACCUGUUCUGUACCCUUCUCUCUGGAUCAACCAUUUGAGAGUAAUGUCUUCAUGUACUACGGAUUGUCCAACUUUUAUCAGAAUCACAGACGCUAUGUGAAGUCCAGAGAUGACAGCCAGUUAAACGGAGAUAAGACUUCUCUACAGAGCCCCAGCAAGGAAUGUGAGCCGUACCGCAGCAGUGACAAUCCUAUUGCUCCAUGUGGUGCUAUCGCCAAUAGCCUCUUCAAUGACACUCUGGAGCUCUAUUACAUUGACCCCAAUGGCUCCAGAACCGCAAUUCCUCUGGUAAAGAAGGGUAUUGCAUGGUGGACGGACAAGCAUGUCAAAUUCAGGAACCCCAGUGGAAACAACAACCUCACUGUAGUUUUCCAAGGCACAAGCAAACCUGUGAACUGGAGAAGGCCUGUCUUUGAGCUGGACCCAUCAGACUCUGACAACAAUGGCUUCAUCAAUGAGGAUUUCAUUGUGUGGAUGAGGACUGCUGCCCUGCCCACCUUCCGCAAGCUGUACCGCAUCAUCCAGAAGAAACCCAACAACAUGACCCCCACGUUGCCCCGAGGAGAAUACAUCCUGGAGGUCACCUACAAUUACCCUGUGCGAAGCUUCGAUGGUAGGAAGCGCAUGAUUCUGAGCGCCAUCUCCUGGAUGGGUGGCAAAAACCCCUUCCUGGGCAUUGCUUACAUCACUGUGGGCUCUGUCUGCUUCUGCCUGGGCUUAGUCCUCCUCAGCAUCCACUACAGAUAUGGCAAACGUAACAACAGUGCAGAUAUUUCCAGCUGAAGGCCUUGCUCAUAUGGAGACCCUACCUCCUCCUCCCUCUGCAUGCCUGGGUCUAGCCACCACUAGUUUUCCCUGCUCUGGACUGCUUGCUGAUUUAGCCUGGAGGCACUGCUCUGUGUUUGUUAAUGUUUGUUUUGUGUUGUAAUGUUAGCUCACUCAUUCCCACCUCCAGUGGAAGGCUGCAGUCAGGUGUUUUUUCAGAAGGGUGCUUAUAUAUAAUUUCAGCAUGUUCUAGAUAUCUGUUGUAAAGAACUUACACCAUUGCGGAUUCUCGUGACAAAGGUCUGUUCUACACAAUAUAUGUCUGUAAUAUUGUGCCCUCCUGAAAAAGGCCUGUGUGUGUGUGUGUGUGUGUGUGUGUGUGUGUGUGUGUGUGUGUGUGUGUGUGUGUGUGUGUGUGUGUGUGUUACACCCUGUAAAUGAAUGGGAUGAGACACACAAAGGCUCUGGGAGCUUAGGAUACUGUGUCUUUGUACAAGAUGACUGCUGAAAUUGUUCUGAAGUACAUAGUGUUUGUAUUAUCUUUUUAUCUUAUCUCAAAAGACAACAUGUAUAUUAUUUGAGCAAUGUAUGUUGUAUGGCUUGAUGGCACUAUUUUAAUGUAAGUUCCACACACAUUUAUUCUGUAAUAUUUCCUGUUUGAAUGUACUAAUGUUUUUAAUUUACAUACCUCUGAGGCAAUUUCAAACAGAUUUGAAUUGGGGGAAAAGUUCAUAGACAUGUUGAUUGUUUAAGGAUAUAAGCAGUUAUUGAUUUGAUCGAAUAAAUGUUCACUAAUCGAUUUUAUUGCUACUCAACAAAAGAGAUCUUAUUGAGAUUGGUUUGUCAAUGUUUAUCACAUUUUGAUCAAUUACUGUAUUGGUCAAACUGGUUUUCUCUAGUAUGGUAUGUGUGAAAUCCUAUUUUGUCCUCUUAGGAUACAGCCAUAGCCAACUUGAUCUGAAGGUUUUAUGGACCAAUGCUGUUGACGUUGUCUCUACAAUGGAACUUUUUGACUUGACUAUCAAAAUGAAUUUUAAAACAUUUAACAAGCUUCAUUUCAAUGUUGACCAAAUGCUAUGCAUUUUAAAAGUGUUACAUUUGUUAUGCAGUACUUGAAUUUUUAUUUAGGUUUUGUUUUUUAAAGCUAAUUCUGCCCUUUAUUCUUUAAUAUAUUGCGUUGGAUAAUCUGCUGAUGUUUCAAAAGUGAAUCAAAUGUGAAAAAUGGUAUUUGCAAGUUAUUUAUUGGUUUUUAUUUCCCUCAUCAAUGUUAAUGGAAAUGAAAUGUGAGGUGUAUUCCUGGGUGUUGCCCAAUGAUGGAAAUAAACCCUAGAAUUUGCUUGCUAUGUUCUGGCCAAUGAGGGGCUUUGCAGCCAACGAUCAGCCAUGUAAGUCCCACAUA